GCGCCCUCUACGGUGGCAUAGUUGUAGGCAGUGAAAAUCUGCAAGUCGAACGCAGAUUUCGGUGGAAAAACCUACUAAAAUUCGUAGAAACGAAGCGGUUUUUACAAUCUUUUUUAGUGCUUUUUAACUGGAAGCAUUCAUGGAGAUCGUAUAAACUGAACAUUAGCGAAGGGUUUUCGACGAAACCGGUCUCAAGAUGAUGCUGUCAAGGCAAAAGCCGGCCACUGGGCCUGGCUCCUCGACUCCAGCCCAGGAGAGCAAGAAGAAGAAACAGCUUCCCAAGCUGGAAGAAUACCUGGAUUCCAGGGACUACACCGGCGCUUUUACAUUACUGGAGUUCACGAGAAACAGCGGCAAGGGUAGUGAUGAGACGGACAUGUGGCUUGCUUACUGCUAUUUCCACCUGGGCGACUACAAGGCGGCCAUGGAAGAGUACGAGAAGCUCAGCAAGAAAGAGGCUGUGAACCCCGACGUCUGGGUCAACUUGGGCUGCUGCUACUUCUUCCUCGGGAUGUACCCAGAGGCAGAGACCGCGGCCAGGAAAGGCCUGGGCAAAUCUAGUCACCAGGCUGUGAAUGAGGACGGCAUGCCCAAAAGCAGUCUGCAAAACAGGUUGCUGUUCCACCUGUCACAGAAGUUUAACGAUGAGAAGAAGCUGAUGUCCCAUCAUCAGAAUCUGCAGGAUAUCAUCCAGGACCAGCUUAGCCUGGCCUCCAUACACUACCUGCGCAGCCACUACCAAGAGGCCAUAGACAUCUACAAGAGGAUCCUGCUGGAUAACAGAGACUACCUAGCCCUGAAUGUGUAUGUAGCCCUGUGCUACUACAAGUUGGACUACUACGAUGUAUCGCAGGAGGUCCUGGCAGUAUAUCUGCAGCACUUCAACGACAGCGCCAUCGCCCUGAACCUCAAGGCUUGUAAUCACUUCAGGCUGUACAACGGAAAGGCCGCCGAGGCGGAGCUCAAGAAUCUCCAGGACCUUGCAUCCCCAUCUUUCACAUUUGCUCAAGACCUCAUCAAGCACAAUCUGGUUGUGUUUAGAGGAGGUGAGGGCGCCCUACAAGUUUUGCCUCCGUUAAUCGACGUCAUCCCAGAAGCGAGACUCAAUCUUGUUAUCUACUAUCUCAAGCAAGAUGACGUUAACGAGGCAUACAACCUGCUCAAGGACAUUGAACCCACCACGCCCCAGGAGUACAUACUGAAGGGCGUGGUCAAUGCGGCACUAGGCCAGGAACAGGGUUCGAGAGAACAUCUGAAAAUUGCUCAGCAGUAUUUCCAGUUGGUUGGCGGCUCAGCGAGCGAAUGUGACACGAUACCGGGACGGCAGUGCAUGGCAGCGUGCUUCUUCCUUCUCAAGCAGUUUGAGGAUGUGCUGAUAUAUCUCAACUCGGUCAAGAGUUACUUCUACAACGACGAUAGAUUCAACUACAACUAUGCCCAGGCCAAAGCCACGGCAGGCAACUUCAAGGAAGCAGAGGAGAUUUUUAUGCUCAUCCAAAGUGAGAAGAUCAAGAACGACUACACGUAUCUCAGCUGGUUGGCAAGAUGCUACAUCAUGAAUCGUAAGGCCAGACUAGCCUGGGAGUUGUACCUUAAGAUGGAGACGUCUGGCGAAUCGUUCAGCCUGCUGCAGCUCAUUGCCAACGAUUGUUACAAGAUGGGCCAGUUCUACUAUGCGGCAAAGGCUUUCGAUGUCCUGGAAAGAUUGGACCCCAAUCCUGAAUACUGGGAGGGCAAGCGAGGGGCGUGCGUGGGCGUAUUCCAGCAGAUCAUUGCUGGUCAUGAACCAAGGGAAACACUGCGAGACAUCCUUCAAAUCUUGCGCAACACCGGUAACCCGCAGGUGGAAUACAUCAUCCGUGUCAUGAAGAAGUGGGCCAAGGACAACAGGGUACCAGUUUCCUGAGCUGAGGAGGUCCCUCUCCUAGUCUUGACUAGAUUGUUUAAAUUUGUACAUUCCAAAAACCCCUGCUUCACAAAGGGAUUUUUCCAAAAAUAAAACAAAAGAACAAUACUGUUGUAUCAAAGUGAUUUGAUCUUCACAUAGGAAUGUUGCCUUGAAAUAUGUAUAUUUCUUUUAUAUUAGCACUAUUUCAAACAGUCUGAUCUUUAACUAAAAAUACUAAGCAUGGAAAUUUUCAUUAUAAUUAUGAAGGUUAAAGGCAUAUAGGGUCAUUUGCAUUCAUCCCAAAAGUAGCCAACCAAAUUAUUUUCAAAAAGCUUACUUGGAUUAAAGAUCAUACUGGUACUAAACACCCACUAAAAUCAUAUCGUCUGUCACUAAGAAGAAAUCGAGAAAUGUGUAAUGUCCACAGAUGAGUUGAAACUUCGACAGUCUAGUUUUUGAAAAUUCAUCUUUGGGUUUUGAGUAGUGUUAUUAUUGUAAACGAACAAAAUGCAUGAAAAGCAAAUGAUCUUACCGUGAAAUCUCGAUAACUCAAACUCUAACAACUCAAAACAACUGUUAAGUCAAACAAAGAAUCCAUUGCCUUCAGUAGUAUAACAAUGAUAUACAACCCUGCUUAUCUCAAAAUUCUGCUUAAGUCACAUUUCGAAACUGUUCCCUUGAAGUUUGAAUUAUCGAGAUUUCACUGUAUAUGCCUUUGAGACAAUCGGAAUUUUGUUUUCUUGGAGUUUGUGGGGCUUGUUUAAUUACACCCCAAGGGCAUGAAAAUGCGGGGCCAGGAAUGAUUAUGCCAGGAGGGGGUAGUCAUCGUGGAUGUUAGGUAAUGCACCUGUCAUUUUGCUAAUUAAUGCUUCAUAUGUGAAUAUAAAAUCACAAGUUUUCAGGAUACGUUUGUGAAGUCAUUUCAGGUCCAGAAGGCCAUGAAACAAAUUGGAAAUAAGUGAAAGGAACAGGUUUUAGUCACGUCCAUCGCAAGUCUGCACAAAUCCUUAAAAACAUCACAAUUAAGUCAUCCAGUUCCAAGUUGGUUCAGAUGCUUCUCGAGUGUCAAUUCAAUGUUGGGUUUUGCCCUUCACCGACAUAAUUAUUUUAUAAACACUCUAAACUCGGUGUUGCCCCCCAGUGAUUGUGAGAAAAAUACGUUAAUGAAGGGCAAAACCUAAAAUUGAAAUUACAUCACCCCGAUGCUAUUUCCAUUUUAUGAAUAAUUACUCAACUGUACUUGUGACAAAGACAUUAUACUUAAUAUGUUCUUGUUCAUUCCCUCAAACUUGUAACCGACAUUGCGAUUUUCUUGUCACUACAUCCAACUUCAAAGUCAGAAAUUUCAAUCCAGCAGAAUCUUUCUCAUAAUCUGUCACAUUGUCAAUAAUAUUUGUUUAAUGUACAAUAUUGUGUGAUAUUCUAUACAUAUUCCGACUUCAUUUCUUUACUUCAUUUGUCAAAACGUUAAAUGUUUAUAUUUACUGCCUUUCUUUUAGUCCGAUAAAUCCUAUCUUACAGUGCGUGUAAAUAUUGUGUAGGUGUAUUGUAAAUGUAAACAUGUACUUAAAAGAUUGUUGGAAUGCUGUGCAUAGUUCUUUGAUUGAAAGAAUAUUAAAUCAUAAAUA